AUGUUCUCGCAGAUCGCUGUGUCGUGCGUUUUGCUGCCGCUGCUUCGGAGCGUCGCUGCGUCGCCGUUGGAGACACGUCAAUCAUGCUCCUCGUCAUAUACGGUCGUCUCCGGCGACAACUGCUGGGCCAUUGAGCAAAGAACUGGGGUUUCUGAUGCAACUUUGCGUUCCCUCAACCCUUCAAUCAACAGCGGGUGCACGAACCUCCAAGUUGGCCAAGUGUUAUGCCUGAGUUCUGGGGGCUCAACUCCCCCCGGAAAUUGCGGCAACAGCUACACCGUUGUUAGCGGCGACUCCUGCUGGGCAAUCGAGCAAAGGACCGGGAUCUCCGAUGCGACGCUACACUCCUUGAAUCCAUCCAUCAAUAGCGGCUGCACCAAUUUGCAAGUCGGUCAAAUACUGUGUCUUGGAAGCAGCGGCGGGGGCGGAGGUGGCGGUGGAGGCGGGCAAUACAGCGGUCGCGCAACCUAUUAUGACCCCGCGGGCGGCUACGGCGCUUGCGGCGCCCCGCUCUUCAAGACCGACUUCGCUGUGGCCAUGGGCGCGGGCCAUUGGGACGGGGGCUCGCAUUGUGGCCGUUCAAUCAAGGUCGACUAUCAGGGCAGAAGCGUCCAAGUCGUCGUCCGGGAUUUAUGCCCCGGCUGCCAGGGCACUGAAGGCAUUGACCUCACCGAGGGCGCCAUGGCAGUCUUGGAUCCGAAUUAUAUCUUCGAUGGCGUCAUUACCGUCAACUGGAGCUUUUUGUAA